GAGAGGCCAUUGCGCAUGCGGGCGUGUCUCCCGGGACUCUAGAGCAGGGAGUCCCCGGCACCUUCGGUAGGUUUGGCGUGCGCGAGAUCCCGCAGAUCUGGGGCGAACUUGCACAUUAUAUCACCGGUGUAUCUCUCCUUGCUUGCUUACGUUGCCACCACUUAGGCCUCUAUUGCAGAAAUCGCCAUAGACUCUGAAGGGCCGCGGAAUCGGGAAGACCUUGCUGACUGAUUUACACACUCUCCGCAGACCUGCGUGCACAGUUGAACGGAGACGUGUAGGAGAUUUCAUUUUCCCCAGUUUUGCAGCUACUCUUCGGCCCUGUUAGCUUCUCGGGACGGGCUUCCCCAGCCUCGACCGGAAGGUCGGGCGAAAACUCAGAAAAGCAAUUACUCUUCCCUGGUGAGGCUUCUGGAGGAUCAUUAAUAGCGACAUGAUUCCACUUGCAGCCCUAUGGAGAUUGGUUCCACUCUCUUCCCCUUAACAGUUGUGGUCUUUUCACUUUCCUAUGCUGUUUAAGUGCCAGAAUGAGUGACCGCUAUCUAGAACAAAGGAUUAGUAUCAAGUUUUGCGUGAAAUUGAACAAGUCUGCAAGUGAGACCCACCACCUUUUGAAAGAAGCUUAUGGGAAUGAAGUCAUGUCAAGGGCCCGAGUUUUCGACUGGCACAAAAGAUUUAAAGAAGGGCGGGAAGACGUUCGAGAUGACGCCCGAAGUGGUCGUCCAGUCACCCACCGGACGGAUGAAAAUAUCCAGAAGGUCAAGGACUUGGUUUGUUCAAACAGGCGGUUGACUGUGAGGAUGAUGGCCGAAGAGUUAAAUUUAGAUAAAGAAACCGUUAGACUCAUUUUGAAAGAAAACUUGAAUAUGAGGAAAGUUUCUGCAAAAGUUGUAUCAGGUAUUUUGAAGGAUGAACCUAAACCUCGGAGAUUUGACUUUCAGUCUGAUCUUUCAAAGGAAACUAGGAAAAAUAGCUCGUGUGUAAGGAAAAAGAUAACAAGUUCUGAAACAUGGACUCAUCUCCAGUGUGAAGCUGGUGGGGAAAUACCUCUGCCUGUAUCCCAUCCCCAAAACCACUACCCUGCCAGCCAGCUUCUGCAGGCUUCAUCAUCAACAAGCCUUCCCUCCAGGGCAGCUCAGGAUUGGUUCACCCCGUGGUGAAAGGAAUGUGAGGUAGCUGAGCCUGAGUUAGAAAGCUGCCUCACAGGCACCUUCAUUUGCUGCUCAUCCAUUGUCAGUCUUCACCCGCUCCUUCCCACGUUACCACCCUCCUAGUUACCCUUGCUGGACUCCUGGGCCAUCUUCCAAUUUUGAGGAACUUUUUUUUGCCUGUUGACUUCUGGUACUUACUUGUUUCUUGAUUUCUUUUGCUUGUUAAAGUUUGGAUCUCCUUGCUGCCCAAACCUUAGCUUGUUGUGGCUGUCCUGUUCUUGUGUUCUCAACAUUCUGCCUCAGGGGAUCAUACCACUGAAAGGUGGGAACAGGACCUCCCGGAGUCCUUCUGUGCCCAUGAAGGCAUAUUCUGGGAGGACCCCAAAAGAAGGCCUACAGUUCCAGCCUGCUUCACAGGCAGGACCUGAGGUAUGGUACAGAAGGCAGUGGCAUGCUGACCUAGUGAGCAUUGCAAAGGGCGUAUCCAGCCCAAAUGACUCAGUGGGAACCCCUCAGUACACAGGGGUUGGCCACCUAUACUCACCUUCUCACAGACCUGUCUUUUACAGAGGAGCUGGAUUUGUUUCAUGAGUCCUGUGCUCUGGACCCCCACUCAUUUGGGUAUCCCCUCUGCUGGAAGAGGAGGAUUUGGUCCUACAAAAUAUAAGCCAGGGGACUCAAACCCAGGCCGCGAUGUGUGAGGAGGAAGACGAGGUGAUACUCUAGACCUUGAAUUGAGGGAGUCUGCUGCUUAUGUGCUGAUUCCCAUACAGCGGCCUGUUUUUAGUAACUAAUGCCAACCCUGUCAGGUGGUUUUUGAGCACCUGCAGUUUUUAGAACACUGCUGGGCAUUGACCGUGUGAAGGUAUAAAACAAGAUCACUAAGGGCUGGCUGGGUGGACAUCCAGAUGAGAUGAUUCCUGGCUGGAUCCAUAAAGAAAGGUGAGACAGGAGGCUAGGAAAUUAGAGAAAGCUUCCCAAGCAGGUGGAAUAGGAUGAGGCUUUGAACCUGCAUCGGUAUGAAAAUGAUGGCACUGUUGGCUGAAAUAGCAAAGUCGGGAGGAAGAUAAUGGUGUUUGUUGCAGAAGAUGAACAGUUUGGGAUAAUUUGCUUCCUCUUCUCUGCCCUAACUAUGCCAUUAGUUUAUAAAUUGCUUUCCCCGAAUCUGUGGAUAGGUUUAUAAUAACUCACUUAUUUGAUGAUCUAGUUUUCCCAUCAACCCCCCCCAAAAAAAAAGUUCUGCAAGUUUAGACUCCUUUAUCUCUUUCUGCCUCUCCGCCAGGAUUUAUGGAAUGGAACUUUUCCCAAGUGGAUUCCAAGUAAUACCACAUAGACUGGAAACAUCUCAGAAAUGCCUGAUGGAGGUGCAGUGGAGGAAUGGUUAGAAACAGCAUUUCACAGGAUUAGCCAAUGUCUGUGUUUUACCCAAGGAUUUUUACAUGUAACAGUCCCUAUUAUUUAACUAGUAAGUUAAUAAACCAUAUUGGUUGAUAGAAGCCCAACACUAUUCAACACAGUUAUGUUUAGUUCUGUUCUUUCACUGUCUCUAUCCCCUUCAAAAAUGACAAGUUCCCUACUAAUAGCUGUUAGUUUUGAAGUGCUCUGAAACCUAGACCUUAUCCCACGAAUAAAAGAUCUUGUGCAAAAGAACUCGUAAACCAAACAACAGCUUAUAGACUUCUACCUACUUUGACUUUUGUAGACAUUCCGUUUCAGGACCAUUACAUCUACAUCAGAUGAGGCCCUGGUUCCCCACAAGCACUUGUCUCCAGAGACACUGCACUUCUGGAACAAAGCCCCCAUAGCUGGCUAUUGCAACUUUGUGGCUGAACCUCAUAUUAAUUCUUGCUAUGCUCAGUGAUAAUUCGUGGAAAACUGUAUGCUCCUUGGCCAGGGCCAGGAUUCUACAACAGUAUCUCUAGGCCUUAUCUUCAACCUGAGAGAACUUAUUUCUGGACUUAUUCCUGUCCUGUGAACAGGGCUGGAGUGAGCCUUCCAAAGAUGCUGGACUAAGACCAUGCUGGAGCAUAGGGUACCAGAAGCAUUGUUGGCCCAGACAGGGUUUGGACACAGCAACCGGAAGCAGUAGCACCAAAAGGUGGCAAUGGAGACAGGCCAAACCGCUCAUUUGGUCCGUGAACAAUUAACUGGCUGGUGGACAUGGAGGCUGUGUGAUACUGGGUUGGUAGCAAGAGUGUGGGACAGAAGGGAAAAGGGCCUGCCACAGAGGAGAAGGCAAGGGACCAGAAUCCCUACAAAGAAAGCCAAAGUGAUAUGAGAAGUUGCAGUGAGCAGCAUGCUCCUGUUAUGUAAUCCUAGGUAAAUAAAAGAGCACGUAUGGAUCAAGUAUAUUCUGACAAUGGGAAAGAAUAUGGAAAUACUCUCCCAAGCAAAAUUAAUCUCAUUCUUGCAUUCUUUCAUACCAAGUGAGUAUUCUCAAGAUGGAUUUUAUUACAGCUGAUUCUCUGAAGAAUCCUUGAGCCUUCCAUGUAAUUUUGUUAGGAUCGGAGGGGCUUGUGAUGUGCCAAGCCUACCUCCUCCCAUACUGGAACACUCAAGCAACAUGGAUGUACAUGGGAAUAUUUGGUAUCCCACACUGAGAAUUCUGCAACAUAUCAUUAGUCAUCUUAAUAUUGUAACUUACAAAACUAAAGUUUGCAAAUGUUAUUUUGAUGGAAUCCGGAAUUGCUGUGCUUUUUGUUUAUGUCUGAAGAGUAAUCAUGUUACGGGAUUUUAAAGUGAGAAAUGGUGUAGAUAAUGCCUAUCCAUAGAUGAAAUGGUUGUUAUCUUGGGAAAAUAUGUCAUUUGUUGUUGCUUUAGCAAAAUGUUUAUCAUUAAAAUGCCAAAUAUACCUCUUUGGUAAAAUUUCAAA